AGUUUUGCUGCCUCUCUCCUAUUUACCAGAUUUCAGAACGUCUCUUAAAAUUUCACUUGUCGUUCAAUCGUAACUCUCCCUGGCAGACUGUGAAGUUAAACAGUUAAUCUCACAAGUUGUACAAAAUGCCUGAAAAAAAAAAUCUACCAAUCAGUGAAUGAAUCUUUAAAAAGAUACUGAUACAUUAGCUAGACGCGCUAGACGUUAGAGAGUUAGCAAAAUUUUCCUGUCAAGUGUCCAGAUCUCACCAAAAUAUUUACGACACCAGCAAAAGCAGCACUCGACUCACUGGAAUGUAUUUCCUUGUGCUCCAGGAAUGAUACUGGUGAAUGAAGACUGAAUUUAUCUCAUUAAACCUGUGAUAUUUUUAACCUAAUUAAAUGCCAUCUCCAGUCCAUUUGACUGAACUUUGGUGUCUAAAAAUGGACAGUUUCUUGUUAUCUGUACGAUUUCAUAUGCACAUACGCCCAGACUUUUGUAUAAGCGUGUGCGAGCCUGUGUGCGUGCACACGUAUGCACACGUAUAUAUCGAGGCUUGCACAGUGAAUGAGAAGUUACUGAUUGCCUAAUUUUAUUCAGCAGAACUAAAUUCUGGUAACUUUUGGAUGACCUCUGCAAGACAAAGACAGGACAGAUCUAUUGUACAUCAUAUUACCCUCUUCUUUGAUGCCUUUUCUUUUUCUUGCCUUCUUAUCAGUUUCCUCCCUUUAAUCGCCCUGCAGCUCCUCGCUCUGCAUUUCUUUCGAUAUUUUAUUUUAAGGCACGUAACAAACCCUGGUGGAAAUUCUGGCUGGUAAAUCAGACGAGAGGGCAGCGGAGGUUAGGAAAGUCAGCCCAGACAAAAGGCUGCCUGUACCUGGGGGUCAGGGAGGCGGCGGCCGCUUGAUGAAUAUUCCUAAAACUCCGGUAUCUGAUUUGGAGGGUGAAACCUGCCGGAGAGGGGUCACUUGCUUAAACGUAUAUUAUUUAGUUAAAUUCGUGGAAAUUAUGAGCUGCACACAAAUCCGGUGAUCAGCUCCCUGCCUCCCCAUUGGCCGGGCCAGUCACAUGCACGCCUAACUUUAUUCAGUUGACAGCAAGUAGGAGGGCUCUAUGGAAGGAGAAAAAAAGACAACACGAGAAAAAUUAGUAUUUUCUACCUUCAGAAAUUAAUGGCCAUGAGUUCGUAUAUGGUGAACUCUAAGUAUGUGGAUCCCAAAUUUCCUCCUUGCGAGGAAUAUUUGCAGAACAGCUACCUAGCCGAGCAGGGGGCCGAGUAUUACAGUGCCUCGCAGGGCUCCGAUUUCCAGCAUCAGGGGCUCUACCCACGGUCAAACUACAGCGAACAGCCCUUUAGCUGUAGCAAUGCCCAAGGCUCCGCCGUGCAGCCGCGGGGUCAUGGACAGGAGCAAUCCGGCCCACCGAGCCACUUCCCCGGUCAAGCAGAGCAUUGUCCACCGCCUCCAAUGUCCAACUCACGAGCCUGCGGCCAGCAGCCAGCCCUCAAAGCCCCAAACGGGUCAGCAGUUAAGCAGCCAGCAGUAGUUUAUCCCUGGAUGAAGAAAGUCCAUGUUAACUCGGUGAACCCCAAUUACAGCGGAGGGGAACCUAAGCGCUCCCGAACAGCUUACACCAGACAGCAAGUCCUAGAACUGGAAAAAGAAUUUCAUUUUAACAGGUACCUGACCAGGCGCCGCCGUAUCGAGAUAGCCCACACUUUGUGUCUCUCUGAGCGCCAGAUCAAGAUCUGGUUUCAGAACAGAAGAAUGAAGUGGAAAAAAGACCACAAACUGCCCAACACUAAGGGCAGGUCUUCCUCCUCUGGUUCAAACCCACAUUUACAGACUGUUCCCAAGGACCAUCAGACUGACUUGACAACUUUAUAGAAGAGGUGAAAUUUUCCAUUUCAUCCUUCGAUUCUGACCAGUACUGUACAUAACUGACACUAUCCAAGCAGAACCUGCAUGUAGCAGCUAAGGACUCGAGAAACUGUCAUCUUUCUUUAAGGUACUGUUGUACAAAGGAGACAAAAUGACGCUACUUUGGACUUUAUUUUAUUUGCCUCUGCUAGCACAAACUUAAAAAAAAUAAGGAAAAAAAAAGCAUCAUGCAGGCAGUGGGAAUUGGGAAAAUAUUAAACGAGACCUUCUGUCCAUAAAAAGUAAUAAAUCAUUGAAAAUGA